CAGCCACCAUUUGCCGCUCAUGUAUCGGCGAGCUGGUCAAGAUUAUCUUUCAUCUAUACAUCGUUUUCGCCGAAUUUCAUGAAGAAUACAGGAUGUCAGCACAGCACCGCUCGCCAGUGAAAGCGCGGACCUGGCGAGCAAAGGGGUCACCUGAGUCGUCACAUGAUCUCUUCUUUCAUUUCUCCCAACAGCAUACAGUGGCUCAUCCGUAGUACUUCCUUGGCACAAACUCGCGGCGAAGCUCGACCAAAAUUCAAUACAGCAACCACCCCUACCCUUCCCUCGAUCACACCCACGACCAACUUCAGGCCAACUGCUCGAUUUACCUUACCCCAGCCCGGACAGACUUCCGCCAGCCUAUUUCUCUACUAUCUGCUUCCUCACGAUCAGAUAUUCGCAUACGUAAAACAUGAAGCCUUAUCAACAAGGUACGCAAGGUGGCGCUCCUUGGUCCGCUACGGAUAUCACACAGAUCGAGAAUGCAGUUCGAGAUGAGACUGAAUUCACGCAAAUUUGUGCCCUCUUUCCCUCGCGUACUGCUGAGGCAGUGCGUCACCGCGUCCACCUGGCUUGCCGUACCAUCGAUGCUGCGAACGCUCAAGCAAAUCCCCAGCCAGUGAAUGUUCAACUAACUCCCCAGCCGGUGAGCAUACGAGCAAAUCGCCAGCCAACACCCGGCAUCACUACUCAGACACCAAUACAGUAUGCAAAGGCCGGUCAAGUAUGGACUGCACAAGAAGUCCAGACCUUGGAUAGCGCGGUCCAAAAUGGCUUCGACUUCGCGCACAUUCGUACACUGUUCCCCGAUCGCCCGGUGGAGGGGGUGAAGCGUCGCUAUCAACGGUCCACCCAGGAGGCAAGCUCUACGUCGAUGAGCAAGCCGAAGAGCAAGCCCAAGCGCCAGCUUCAGAUCGUCCCCUGGACUGUAGUGCAAGAACAAAAGAUCCGAGAUGCGCUGCGGGCCAAGGUCAACCGAGAUACCAUCCGCAAGAUGUUUCCUCGGCGCUCUGCCGACGCCGUGCGACAGAAGAUUGGUCGGAUCUCCAUGACUCUGGGAGAAGAGAAACCAGAGCCUGCUCCUUUGUCGACCGGCCGUGUACAAGCUUCAAAUGGUGCUGACAGCGCGUAUGAAGACGCCGACAUGGACAUGUAUGCGGAACCCCUAGAACCAGAAGAUGGCGACCAGCCCGACAAACCUGAGUCUGAACUGCCGCAACUCCAAGCAAUCCGUUCAUCAAGCCCCGAGGAGAUCGACGUCGACCAUGUUAUCGGCCCAAUCCCUGAAGAUGAGGAGUUUGUGAUGUCGGGAGCUCUACCAGUCCCUAAUCCUGUCGCCGUUUCCGAUGCAUCACCAGUCCAUAGCCACUCGCGCUCAUCCGACUCUCCUCGAAGCGUCCGUUCCUGGAAGGUGCAGGAUGUUGACGUUUUACCGCGUUCGUCAACUCCACCCCGACCUGAUACUGAGCCCCUUACGCCACGUCUCCGCGCGCAAGAGCUUCCAACGAUCGGGAACAGGGAGCCCACUGGCGACUACUUCGGCGACUACUUCUCAUUCGAGUCUCCGGUCGAGAACAUCGACCGCACAGCCUUCCGGAACCCGUUUGAGGCGUCUUGGCUCCAGACGCAGGACAAUGGUUGGGAUCUGGACUCUGGCCUCGAUCCAGAAGCCCGAGCCUGGUUGAAUGGCGAGCCGUGGUCACCGCCAAAUAACUUCUCCGAGAAUCGAUCCGCUGGCAAUGUUGGCCAAAAGUGCCAUCAUCAUCACCCGGUCUUGCCACAAGACAGCCUGGCCCACGACAACUUUGCUGCACCAAUCUCGCCAUUCAUGAUGGUCCCCGAGCGUCACGAGGCUGUAUGUGUGAACAAUGGGCACGCCACCUUCGAGUGCGGGUUCUGCAUGAAUAACCAUCCCGACGUCCACGACGGAAUCGACUCUGCCCCGGUGCCGCAUCAACCAGUUGCGCCUGCUGACUCCCGCACCUUGGAGCAGGUGUUCGCGGAUCCGUCUGUGCCUCCGUCAGCCUUUCUGCCCUCAUCAGCCGCGGAAACCUCGCCAGCCGCUUUGCUCGCGUCACUUGGCAACCACCGCAACCAGUGGAUGAACUACGAUGCCGACGUGGACAUAGUGAUGGAGGAGGAAACAGAGACCAGCGGAUAUGACGUGGUGGAGUAGGUGUGCUUCCGCGGUGCUAGGUUCGUCGUUGUAUUGCAUG